AAGUUUGGUUUACUGGCUUGUGGUUCAUUUCUGGUCCCUCUUAGAGAGGCUGCACAGAGUAAUGACUUGGGAGAUGUGACAAAGACAGUAACCCUCAACAAGAUGAACCAGAAAUCUAGUAGCCUACUUUCCCGCUGAACAGAAAAUCGUGUGACUUCUAUUUAUCUAUACAUUACAACUAUUUCUACCAGCAGACAAGAAAGCAUUGAAAGGGACUAACAACAAGGAAUACCUACUUUAACAACCUGUUAAGACCUAUAAUAAGUGAAUCAUUGUAGAAGAUGGAUGAUAAUUACAGAAACAACUCACAAUUUUACCAAGGAGCUCGGGACAUAGCCAAAGAAGUAAAAAGGCAAACUAGCCGCCAAGCCAUGGAUGAUUACUCAAGGUAUCAAGAUAACACAUAUGAAGGUUACUCAGCUAAUGACAGUUACUACAACAGCGGAGAAAAUGCCCAUCAAGAUGAAGAUGCCCAGAGUGAUGCCACAGAAGGCCAUGAUGAAGAUGAUGAGAUAUAUGAAGGGGAGUAUCAGGGUAUCCCUCACCCUGAUGACAUACACGCCCAACAUAAAGACACUUCACUUAGAGAUGAGUUUAAAGACCAGGCCGACCUUAUGGCAGAGAGAUCGGAGGAUGCAGAACAGUUUGCCUAUGAAUAUGAGAACAUCAUACAGGAAUGUGGCCAUGGACGUUUCCAGUGGACUCUCUUCUUUGUAUUAGGCCUUGCAUUGAUGGCAGAUGGAGUGGAAGUGUUUGUUGUAGGGUUUGUCCUUCCAAGUGCAGAGAAAGACAUGUGUCUAUCACGCUCAAACAAAGGGAUGUUAGGUUUAAUAGUGUACCUUGGGAUGAUGCUUGGAGCAUUUGUGUGGGGUGGUCUGGCAGAUAAACUCGGAAGAAAAAAAUGUCUUGUCAUCUCACUCAUCAUCAAUGCAGCCUUUUCAUCCAUCUCCUCCUUUGUGCAAGGUUAUGGACUGUUUCUCUUCUGCCGCCUUAUAUCUGGGUUUGGCAUUGGGGGGUCCCUUCCCAUCGUGUUUGCCUAUUUCUCAGAAUUUUUAGCUCGUGAGAAAAGGGGGGAACACUUGAGUUGGCUCUGUAUGUUUUGGAUGAUUGGAGGAAUCUAUGCAUCAGCAAUGGCUUGGAGCAUCAUCCCACACUAUGGAUGGGGCUUCAGUAUGGGGACAAACUACCAUUUCCACAGCUGGAGAGUGUUUGUCAUUAUUUGUGUCCUUCCGUGUACAGCUUCUAUCAUUGCAAUGAAGUUUAUGCCAGAAAGUCCACGCUUCCUACUUGAGAUGGGUAAGCAUGAUGAAGCUUGGAUGAUACUCAAGAAGAUUCAUGAUACCAACAUGCGGGCAAAAGGAGAACCAGAAAAAGUCUUCACAGUUUCCCAUAUCAAGACACCAAAACAAAUGGAUGAAUUUAUAGAAAUUCAGAGUUCCACUGGAACAUGGUUUCAGCGUUGGUUUGUCAGGAUCAUGACUCUCGUUAAGCAGGUAUGGGAGAACAUGUUGUUUUGUUUCACUGGACAGUUUCGGAGGAACACUGUAUUUUUGGCUGUGGUUUGGUUUACAAUGUCAUUAAGUUACUAUGGUCUUACUGUGUGGUUCCCCGAUACAAUCCGUUACCUACAAGACGAGGCUUAUGCAAGCAAGGUGAAAAUAUUUCACGGUGAAAAAGUAAAUAACUUUGAAUUUAACUUCACUCUGGAGAAUCAAAUACACAAGGAUGGAACUUAUGAAAAUGACAAGUUUGUCAAGAUGAAACUUAAAUACGUCACAUUUGAAGACUCAACCUUUAAUGAAUGCUAUUUUGAAGACGUGACUUCCAGUGGCACUUACUUUAAAAACUGUGUCAUAGAGUCUACCGUUUUUUAUAACACAGAUCUCUACAAGGACAAGUUUAUUGACUGCACAUUUAUAAACAGCUCCUUCUAUAGUGAGAAAAAGGGAUGCCACAUCGACUUUGAAGAAGAUAACGAUUUCCUAAUUUACCUGGUCAGUUUUCUUGGUAGUUUAUCGGUGUUACCUGGUAAUAUCAUCUCAGCUCUUCUUAUGGAUAAAAUUGGAAGGAUACGAAUGAUUGCUGGGUCCAUGCUGAUAUCGGCGGUUUGCUGCUUCUUCCUGUUUUUUGGUAACAGCGAGUCAGCGAUGAUUGGCUGGCAGUGCCUCUUUUGUGGUACCAGUAUUGCUGCAUGGAAUGCCUUGGAUGUAAUCACUGUUGAGCUGUACCCCACAAAUAAAAGAGCAACUGCCUUUGGAAUCUUGAAUGGUCUCUGCAAGUUAGCUGCUAUCUUUGGAAACUCAAUUUUUGCUUCAUUUGUUGGGAUCACAAAGGUGGUCCCUAUUCUUCUUGCAUCCACUGCUCUUGUAGGAGGAGGCCUUUUAUCCCUUCGUCUGCCUGAGACUCGAGAACUGGUCCUCAUGUGAAAAACUGGAAUGGUCAUUGACAUUUACUAUGUGUGGAUUUCUUGCAAUG